AUGAAUCUCUUCUCUCUCACCGCUCUGUCGUCCCUGCUCGCCGCGACCGUUUCUGCCGCCCCCUUCCCUUCAACAUAUACCCUGGUGGCUGACGGCGGCUGGACCGUGGUCACCGAUGGCACCAAUGCAUAUAUCGGAACGGGCGAUAUCGCCAACUACCCCAUUCUCAUCCUGAAAGGAGGAAAUGACAAUGGCAUGAUCACCGGCACUGAGCAACACAAAGACUCCACCGGUGUGCAGCAUCUCUAUGUCAUUCAGGAUGGCAACACGCCCGUUGCCUUGACGGACCCGAAUGCUGCAGCGCCCGCGGAUGCCGUGCUCACUGGGUUUGGAAUCGAUGAUCAGAAUUAUUUGACUGUUGACGGAGAGAACUCCUUCGGGGUGGAUCCCAGCGAGGGACAGAUUCGGAAGAUCUAUCAUCUCGAUGGCUCGGAUGAUCAGUACGAGCCGAUUUCGCUCUGGGUGAAGGAAUGUAAGGGAUGUUAG